AUGAAUUUCCCCCCCACAAAAGAAACCAUCUUGUUACUCUUCGACACCCCGUUCGUUCGUCAAAUUCUGGACGAACAUCCUAUCUCCCAGAUUGUAUCUGUGGUCGGUAUAGUCACCAUUGUCUGGUACCUCUAUGCCGGCGAGGGUCCUCUGCUUCAUCGAGCCCGAGAUAUCCAAGGCGCUGGAAUAUUUGUCAUGCUGCCCUUGGGAUUCAAGGCUAUAUUGCUCUACAUCCUCUUUUGUUAUAUUUGCACCAUUUUCUACGCCUACCCAGCUUCUCCACCUUCCAAUAACAAAACUUCUUUGGCGAAAGCCCCUCACAGUGCUGGUAUUACUCCACAUGAAAAAAGAGUUAAGAGCCCCCAGCAGGUCACAAUCCCGCUCCCCGUUGAGGGCUGGUCAAUCACCGUCGAAUUCUCAUUGAGCCGUCCACACGUCAGAUUCCUCGACUAUCAUUUCGAAUUCGAAGAACAGUUGGACCAAACUCUCGGAAAAACCAACAGAUCGGGUCAAGUUUUUGUGGAGUUUGCUGUCAAUGCUGUGAAUAACAGCUGGAAUACAGACGCGUUUUUGCGAUUCCCUUAUGAUGACCGUCCGUGGGACGCCCGACUCAAAGUCAUUCACAAGGAGCAUCGUGCGACAUCAAUCUAUGAGUUUGCAUUAACACAUGCCUUGAUCCGCCUUCCUCCUCCUAUAAUCCCUCACCAGUUUCGCAAAGGCGGGGCAGACGGGGAGGCUUGGCUAGUUGAUACUCCCAAUUUUAUUGACUUCCAGAAUUUUAUCAAACGUGCUUUGGCUCCAGAACGAAGUACGGAGGAUACGCCCCUAGGUUUCUCAAAUACAGGUGGUGGACGCCAAUUCAACAGCUACAUUCCAUGUGUCGACUUGACCCAAGUCUAUAUUCCUAUCAUUGUGCCUCAUCUGAAAGCAAUAUCCUUUGGGAGUGACUCUCAGUAUGGGGGUACGAGUGCCCAGCCAUUCCACGGGGGCUUCCGCCAGAAUAUGCCUUGGACCAAAUUGACCCACAUUUGCUUCGAUGCAGUUACGAUAUUUGCAGGAGACUACCGAGCAAUUUUAAACUGUUGUCCAGAACUCAAAACAUUCAUCCUACAGAGGCCAGGCGAGAGCUAUGGAACUUUGGGACUCGAGUGGAUAUCCGUGGGUUCCUUUCCAACGCUGUUGUAG